GCUUUUCUUGCUUGAGGUGUCAGAAGGCAGUCAGAUCUUUGAGACAUGUUUCUGGCCAAGUGCUAAUUCUGCAGUACUUUUCAUGUUUUAGACACUGCUAUGUUAAUCAGUUUGCAGUUGAAUGUCUCUCGUGUUCUGUAGAACCUCUAUGACUGAAUGUGCUUGAGUCAUCUGAAGAGAUUCUGAACUCUGGAACUCUUAUAGAACGUCGGACAAGUGUUCGGAGUGUCAUUGUGGCGAGUGAUGUUCUCGCUCCUCCAUCAGUGAGAGGUGUUAACCUCGGAAGGUAUUAUGGAGUUAGAGGAUAAAGCCUUAUGAAAGAUGUUGAGUCAGGUGGAUCCGUCUGUGUGUGUUCCAGGGCUUAUCGUUCACUUUGCCAUCAGACUCGAAACGUCGUGCUGGAUCCAUCGCUCGCUGUCCAUUCCUCUGCAUCUGGACCUCCGGCGUCUCCGCUGAGGACCGUGGCCUCUCUCGUCUCGUCCAGUCUCACGGCGCUGAGCUCCAAUGCUCUCGCUGUGACCCUUGAGCUGCCAGUCUCGUCUCGUUCUCACUCCGACAGUCCACGUUCAGCUCCUUGACCUCGCCAUGGACAUCGGCGGCCUGACUACGGUGGUGGCCAACUCGGCGUACAUCUCGGCCCGUGGCAGUUUCGAUGGCACGGCCAACCCGGCGGCCAACCGAGACAAGAAGUACCACGCCAAACUCAAGCUGCCCCACAUCACGGUGUGCGAAGGCCUGCGAGAAACUCUGGACCUGCAGUUCAAGAGCAUCUGCGUGGAGCAGCCCAUCGGCAAACGGCUGUUUCAAGAGUUCCUGGAAACCGCCAACGAGUACAAGGGCCCGUGUCGCCUCUGGAAGGACAUCGAGGCGUACGACACCGCCGAGGAUAAAGACCGAGUUCAGAAAGCCGCCAAAAUCCUCCAGCGGUACAUGGAUCCUUCGGCCAAGCACUUCUGCCCGUUUUUACCCGAGAACGACAUCACCAAGGUGAAGGAGCGGCACGAGGAGGCGGCGGACGACCUGUUCGUGCAGAUCCAGGCCAGUGUGUUCGACUUCCUCAAAGAGGUUCCCUUCACCUUCUAUCUAGAGACCAUGUACUUUAAGCGCUUCCUGCAGUGGAAGUGGCUGGAGAUGCAGCCCGUAGCCGAGGACUGGUUCCUGGACUUCCGUGUUCUGGGGAAGGGGGGAUUCGGAGAGGUGUCCGCCUGUCAGAUGAGGGCCACGGGGAAGCUCUACGCCUGCAAGAAGCUCAACAAGAAGAGGCUGAAGAAGAGGAAAGGCUAUGAGGGCGCCAUGGUGGAGAAACGGAUCCUGGCUCGAGUUCACAGUAGAUUCAUCGUGUCUCUGGCUUACGCCUUCCAGACCAAAACAGAGCUGUGUCUGGUCAUGACCAUCAUGAACGGAGGAGACCUGAGGUACCACAUCUAUAACGUGGAUGAGAAUAACCCAGGGUUUUCUGAAGCUAGAGCGUGUUAUUACGCUGCUCAGAUCAUUCAAGGCCUGGAGCAUCUUCACCAGAAGAGAAUCAUCUACAGAGACCUGAAACCAGAGAACGUUCUGCUAGAUAAUGAAGGUCACGUCCGUAUCUCUGAUCUCGGCUUGGCUGUGGAGCUCGCAGACGACCAGCUCAAAACCAAAGGCUACGCUGGAACUCCAGGGUUCAUGGCUCCAGAGCUGCUGAAGGGUGAAGAAUAUGAUUACUCAGUAGAUUACUUCACUCUCGGGGUCACGCUGUACGAGUUCAUCGCCGCCAAAGGACCCUUCCGGACUCGAGGAGAGAAGGUGGAGAAUAAAGAGGUGAAGAAGCGGAUCCUGAACGACCCGGUGACAUACCCAGAAACCUUCAGUGAGAACGCCAAGUCCGUCUGUGAGGGUCUGCUGGCUAAAGAGGUGGACAAGAGACUGGGCUUCAAGAACGGCACGUGUGACGAGCUGCGCACGCAUCCAUUCUUCAGCGAAAUCAACUGGAGGAAACUCGACGCAGGGAUUCUGCCGCCUCCUUUCGUACCGGAUUCCAAGACGGUCUACGCCAAGAAUCUAGAUGACGUGGGCGCUUUCUCCACGGUGAAGGGAGUCUGCCUGGAGGACGAUGACAAGAAUUUUUUCGAUGAGUUUGCGUCGGGAAACAUCUCCAUCCCCUGGCAGGAGGAGAUGAUCGAGACGGGCAUCUACGGCGAGCUGAACGUGUGGGGCCCGAACGGCACGGUGCCCAACGACCUGCGCCGAGAGUCCAUCCUGGAGCAGCCGCCCAAAUCCUCCACCUGCAGCGUCUCAUAAUCACAGCAGCUCUGAACUGUCAAAUACAACAUAGAUGUACUCACAGCUUCAGCUGCUUUAAACACGUUGACAUUUAUUCUGAGAGCUCAGGGUGAAGGUUGAGUGUUAGUGAUUAUUGAUCUUUUUGAGUUUAUUGACCCGUAAACUGAGUUCAAGUGUUCACGCGCCGUUCUGUUUAAGCACACUUAGUGUUUAGGCUUUUAAACAGAACUGAAUGAGACAGAAUAUCUAAGAAUGAAGUAUAAUAACAACCGUAAGUAAAAUUAACCCAAUCAUUUUAUGUUCCGGUUAGUUUUACUGAAAAUGCUUGUUAAUGUUAUUGCAUUGGAUUAAAACUUACUGACUUUACUCACACAAACAUUGUUUGUCAUUUAAAUCAUUUUCAACACAAAAGCUGUGCUGAUUGUCAAAAAACAAGUUGAUAAAAACAUUCCCAUUUUUGAUGAAAAUAUAGCAUAAUGAGAUUUACGGGCAAAAGCACAAAUUAGGUACAAGAUGAUCAGUGCAGCACAAGAUACUGACAUUGUUCUCUGAUUUGAAUGUCAAACUGGACAAAUGUCUCUGUGUAUAUUUGUGUUUUUAAUCAAUUACAUGUGUAAAGUUCAAAAACAGGCUCAGGAUUACAAAUGUUCUGAAUGUAGACUUUCAUUUCUACAAUGCACAAAAAAGUGUGCAUUUCUCAUUUGUACUGAAUUGAUUUUGAACUCUUUUCAUCCUGAACUCAAUGUUUUUGUCUUUGAUCAUAGUGUAUUAUUUUAAUUGCUUUAUUUAAUGCCUUGAUUGAUUGUGAUUACACACCAUUGUUUUAUGAGCCUGUCUGAGGUCGUUCACAGUACGAGCGAAUGUUGUCUGAGGUCGAGCGAUCGGUUAACGGGUUAGAGAAUAGUCAGAUGCUGUUGACUAGUCCUGCCAUCGUUGCCAUAAACACAAAGACGCUUCUAUGCAUGAAUUGCUUUCUAAGUGCCCUAGCAAAGAUACCAGCGGCUCUACUUUCUGAAAACCCAAUUUUUAUUCAUGUAAAAAGCUGUAAAUGUCUUUAGGUUGCAUUGAUUAUUGAGGUACAAAUCAUCCUUUUGAAUAAUGUGAUAGCUGUCAUCUUUAUGAUUUCAAAUAAAUGUUUUGCCAUAAAUACA